CAAAGAAACAUCUCAUCUCAUGAUUGGCAAGAACAUACAAUCAAUUCGGAUAAUUAUUGCCGUUAACUAUACUGGAAAAUGAUAUAAUGGAACAUUUUUCAUGAGUUUUAGAUUUGAACAGCAGCUGAAACAGAAACUAGAAGCCUCCUUAAUACCUUCGUGGUAAAGAAUUAUCUUUUGACUUUGAUGAAUAGUAUCCCUCGAGGAUCGCUCAAGUAUGCCGCAUUGUGUGAAAAAAUAUCCGCAGGCUUGCAGCGAACGGAUAUUCGAGAUCAAAGCAUCCGACGGCAAGUCUGCCAAACAAAUGCAAAAAAGGGAAACAAUAACACACGCAUAUUUUACAAUAUGUUGCAAACCUAUGCUGUACUGUACCCCCAAGCGGGACGUUUUUGUGUAUGUUUAAGAGAACCGAUGUAGAAUAAUGGUAUAUGUUUUUCAUGAUAACAAGAAUUUUGGUAUCGUGAUUAGAUUCCCCUUUUACUUUGCAUAGAGUAUCAGUAGUAAUACUUCCAAAUUCUAUCAACAAGAACAAGGAAAAGAGUACACAGAUAAACACAACGAUAAACCACAUCGUAGCAUCCUUGCUCUCGAUUCGAAUGGCAUUGUUCAAUGCCAAAAAAUGCGGCAAUCAUCGAGCGCGAAAUGAGUUCAGUGCGCGAAUGUUGUACAUAUUGGCCCAGUGCGUAUCGAUUAUUCAACACAACACACUACUUUCGCUUGUAAAUCAGUACACACAUGCAGGGUCAAUCAUGGUGGCAUGUUGGCGGCAACAAGUGGAACAAAGAAAUUUUUGCGAAAAUCGAAACACGUUAGCCUGUGGUGCUCAAAAAACUGCUUUCGUAAUGAUAUAUAGCCGCAAUAGAAGCUGCCAACCACCCGAUUUCGAUUGCCGCGUGACGCUUUUAGAUAUUGGUUUUAUUGUCCGCUUUUUUUUUUUUAUUUUGUUGGGUAAGGCGCUCCGCGUGCGUACGGAGGACGCGUUUGGCAGAUGCGCCUCGUGCGGCACUGCAGAAAACGUUAACCACAUUUCAUCAGUCGAUAUCGUGCGGGCUGUCCGCAUCCGUGCGUCGGUUGUUAAUUGUCGUUGGCAGGAAAUUCAAUUAUCAUCCACCGUGCAAUCGUGCAGAACUUUAACGACGGGCCAGUGACCAGGGCAACACCAGGGACACGCUGUAUUUGCGGUUUAGAUAGUGAGCUCAUCUUCUGUGGCAACUUUAAACCGUUUCCAACAUGAUUGAUUUUACGGAUGAUCUGGAAAACUGGAUGGGAAAAUUGCCGGCUGAGCUGAAAGCCGUACCUAUCAUACAUUUGGCUAUUCCCGGCUCGCACGACACUAUGUCGUAUGGUAUUAAAAACAAGGCACCAGUCGCACCGGAUGCGGAUCCAGUUGUAGGAACGCUCAACAAAUUCAUUCCCUGUGUCGUGCGGCGAUGGGCCGUAACGCAACGUUACAACAUGCAAGAGCAGCUAAAGUGUGGUGUACGGUACUUCGAUUUGCGAAUUUGCAUGAAACGACCAGAGAACAAGUUUUACUUUGUGCAUGGGCUGUUUUGUGAAGAAAUCGCGGAACCGCUCGAUCAGCUGAAAGAGUUUCUGCGCACACAUCCGAAGGAGUUUGUCGUGCUAGACUGUCAGCAUUUCUAUUCGUUCAACCCAACCGAUCACUGCGUGCUGUCGGCGGAACUGAACCGUAUCUUUGAUAAAAAGAUAUACUCCCGUAAUGUAAACGAGCUGCAGGAAUGUACGCUCGAGUCUGCCACAGGUAAUGGCAAGCAGGUGCUGAUCGUGUACCGCAGCGAUGCGUGCGUUAAUGAGCGGUUCUGGCUGAGUCAGGAUUGGCCUACGCCCUGGCCUAACGAGAUCAACGUAAAAAAACUGCAGCAGUAUCUGGACGAAUCGUUGGCUCAGCGUCGCCCCGACACAGGAUUUGUAUCGCAGUGUGUGCUGACGCCGACGGUGCGUUACAUAGUGCCCCGCUUCAUGUCAUCACUGCGUGCCACCUGUGCGAAAGCGGUUGAUAGGCAACUGAUGGACUGGAUCAAGGGACAGGUGCCGGGUACUUUCGCUGGCGAAGAAAAGCCCCGCACAAAUGUGUUUCUGGCCGAUUUUGUCGACAUUGCGGACAAUCAGUUUUGUAAGGUCGUGGUAGGAUUGAACAAGAAGCUGUUAGAACAGGAGAACAACAGUACGCACAGUUCGCCGUCAAAGAAGAGUUCAUAAAUUUGCCCUUUUUUGUAAGAUCGUUAAAGGACUGCGAUCGUAUUCGCUAGGGGUUGGCCUAGGUUAGGGUAAAAUUGUUUGGUGCGUUAAAGAUCUAUAUAAUUUUUGCUGCAUGGCGGUGGAACAUCUCUCUUUUGCUCUCCCUUAAAAGCUUUAAUUUUACUACUGUGAUAUCCUCAUUUUGUUGAUCUCUGUUUCGAUGCGGAAUAUAAUUUCAGCUUAACUGACAAAAUGAAACAUCAUCCGAGAUGCUUGUGUGAGUUCGUUCGUUUAGGUGCUCAAAAGUAUGUUUAAACGUUUAUUUUUACCUAAUCAUCAGUAAGCUGGACUACUGGUAAUAAAAAUUAUAUUAUCGUUUAGUUAAACAACUUAUAAUGGUUUUACAUUAAAUGUAAUAAUUAUUGUUUACGGUUUAUCAAAAAAAAAACAUCAAAAAUGGAGAGCCAUGUACGAAACAAUUGUUUUACUCAGUGUGGCAAAGGACAAUCGUCUGCAAAUGGUACAAUAUACUAAUGAUAAUCAGUGCAACAAUAUUACCAAUUUUUGCACAAUCUUUGCACUACUAGAAGAGAUAGUAAAGAUGUAUUAUGUAUAAAAAAAAGGUGGACACAGUUUUGAAGUUCGAAGAAGUAGCGUUGCCUACGGCUUUAUGAACUUUAUGAAAGCGCACAGUGAGAAUCCGCUCACGAAUACAAAUGUAGAAUGUAAUCGUUGUAAGGCAAACAAAAGAAAAAUACUUACAUGUUGUUAUUUACUUUCAUGUUUAAAUCCUUUGCUGAUCAGCAGUUACGGUAACUAUCAAUAUGUAAAGCUAAACCGGAACCGGAACAAGAGAUCCUGUGAACCGGAAUGGUUUCAAAAUCAAACAACAUUCUGAUUCCGAAUACCUCCAUACAUCGUAAAAAAUGAAUGUAUAACAUAAACCAAAAAAAAAACAACAGAUAACAAAUGUCUAAAGGUGUGUAUACACAAUACUAUAUGAAUAAUCUCCGGUGUACAGCAGAUAAGCUGUUCGAAUAUGUUAUUAUUAUUGAAGGUGUGUGAGCAAAUCGUAGCCUAUUGAAAGUAAUGUUUGGGAAAAAGUACAUGUACUUCUAUUUGUUCAGGAAAGAAAGUAAUUAUAGCGAGAUCGUUCGCAAUAAGCAGCGUAACGAUAUCUACAAACGGGACUAAACAAAAAUAAGAUACAGAAAACUAUCAGGAAGGGAGGGGGCCUACAACACGCGAACGAAACAAGCUCGUGUAAUGCAAAGAAAUCAAUCAAUCUACAGCAAAGAACGCUCUUCACUUUAAGCACUUCUUUGUACACUAAAUAUAACACUUCAACAGUGAAUUAGCAGCGAACAAUAGAAACUAUGUAGUAGAAUCUUAACUAACUUUCGGGUUCUUAAACCACUCACUACUUCCCGUCCAACUCUACUGUAGUGGCCCUUGUUGGGUUACGUGGGACAAGAUUAGACAUAAUAUAGUGGAACCAAGAAGAAUGUCGCCCUGUUGGCUCUAUCGAAAUAUUAACAACAUAUGACGUCGUAUAUAUUUGUACAUGGUGUAGCUAGAUUUAUGACUGAUCUUUUUUGAUAGAAGUUAAAUUAAACUCAAAACAAUCCAUGCACGCGUUUAAUAGCAUUUAACAACACACACGUAGGUGUUUUGAGAGAUAUGACGACAUUGGACUGAAGAGAAGAAAAACACACUAAACAAACUUGCGCACAGUUUAUCCGAGCUGGAGCUCUGAGAAGGGAAAGCGGGAAGCAGAGAACGAAAGACAAAAAGAAAUGUGGAAGGAAAUAGCAUGAUUAUAAUAGCCCACCUAUGUACGAUUAUAGUAUCUUGCACACAAUUUGUUAACGGUUAACUCAUAUUAAUAAGCUCAAAACGAUCGUGAAUAUUGCUGAUAACUUUUGAGGAGCCAGGAUACAGGAAACUUAAGAUGUAAGGUAAUAAUAUAAAUAUAUUUAAAACAACAACAAAAAAAAGCAACAUGUACAUUGUGUAAUUGUGAUGUUCAAACAUAUUUGUGACUGUUGGAAACCGAUUUGCCGAAUAGUGUUGUGAGCAGUUGAAAGAGAUUGAAAAUAUACAUUUUGCUGGAACAACCGGAA